AUGACUGAUGGGCAGAGUGCUAGUCAGGCAUCUCCGAUGAGUAGUACUGCCCCAGUGGUUGGUUCUGAUACACUUUCUCAGUUUGCUACAUUGGUUGCUCAGAUGAUGUGCGAGACUCAGAGUAGAGUCUCUACAAUUCGAUCUGAGGAUGUGGAUAGACAUAUACAGAUGUUUUUGAGAUUGAAACCUCCGAGGUUUGAGGGCACUGUUAAGCCCAGAGCAGCAGAAGAGUGGCUGAGAAGAUUAGAGAAGACUUUUGAUAGUAUGCAGUGUUCAUCGGACAGGAAGGUACCGUUAGCAGUUUUUCUGUUGGAUGACGAGGCUAAGCGCUGGUGGAUGGGCCAGCAGGAGGAAAAGUUCCAAGGAAAGCUAAACUCUCUGAUUUCUUGGGAAGAGUUUUUUGAGGUAUUUCGAUCGUGGUUUGUACCUCCUUCUACAAGACAACAGAUGCAGGAGACUUUUCUAAGGCUAGUUCAGGGGAGCAGGACUGUGAUGCAGUACGAGGCAGAUUUUGCUGCUUUAGCCCGAUAUGCUUCGCAGUUAGUAAGUACUUCUGCUGAGAAGUGCUAUAUAUUUCUGAGGGGACUACGAGAUAGUCUGAGGCAGCCCCUAGCACCGUUUCAUAUUUCUGAUUUCUCUGAGCUUGUAAAGAGAGCUCGUCUGAUAGAGAACGAUUUGAUGACAACACAACAGCAGUGA